GUUCGCAACUUUGCGAUAAACCCUACUUUUUCUCUUUAUAAAAAAAAAAAGUAGUUCAUCACUAUGGCUUUACCUGAAGAUCUAAGCAAGCUACGUGUAGUCGACCUAAAGGAAGAGCUCACUAAGCGCAAUUUACCAACCAAGGGUAAAAAAGAUGAGCUAAUUGCCCGACUCCAAGAAGCACUAGAUCAAACUGCUGACAAGAACGACGCGGAAACCGCUGCCGAUGCAACUGAAGUACAGGCUACCAACGCGACGGAAGAAAAGGCUUCAGAGCCAGAAACAGAAAAAGAAGAAGCGCCAUUAUCUACCAAUCCGAUCCCGGAAGAAACCACCUCUGAGCUUGCAACGGACGACACAGCUCCGGCAGGUAAUGCAUGGCCAGACGAUCCAGCAGUGGAAAACAACUCUUAUGAUUUCCAGGGUUCAGCUGAAAAACAAAUUGAGCACGACCAUAGUCCUGUCAUCACCAAAGAAUCUGGAUUCGUCCACCCUGAUACGACGGUUGAAAAAAUGGAACAGGAGGAUGAGCGAGGCUCAAAGCGAAAAGGCGAUCAAAUUGAUGCGUCAAAUGAAGCGAAGCGAUCAAAAGUAGACGAAGCAGCAAAUGGCACAACUACGCCGUCAGAGUCCGUGACCACAAAUUCACAGCGCGUAGAACAAUCUGACAGCAAGGCUGGUACGCAGAAGCAGGAAAUAGAUACAGAAAAAGCAUCACAGGAGCCCGAAAGCAUUUCUGUAGAGACCAAUGCCGUCUACAUCAAAGGCUUUGUUCGGCCAUUAAUACUGCGCCAUGCUGAAGAGCUUGCCAAAAAGUAUGGCAUUGUGAAAAAGUUCUGGAUGGAUAGUAUCAAGACCCAUUGUUAUGUUAUAUAUGAAACCGUCGAAGAGGCAUCUGCAGCACAUAAGAAUAUCGAUAAUAUUGUGUUUCCACCUGACACUGGACGAACACUCCAUGUUGGUUCGUUAUCAGAAAGCAAAGCAGAAGAGAUGAUUGUGCUAGAGAAAGAAGCCGCCGAAAAGCGUAUCAAAUUCGACUGGGAGCUAGCAAUCCAAGCAUUACCAAGUGUCAUUGCUCCUCCUGCUUCUUCUGAGGAACCAAUGGCCACGGAAGAGAUACCAUCGUCUGGGGUUAGGAAGAGCCGACUGGGUGGUAUAGAGCAGGUAUCCAAGCAACUUCAAAGAGCAGCAGCAGAAACGGAAAAACCGAGCAACGCUGCUCUGCCAAGGCAAUCUGCGGAGAGCAUAAAUACGACAUCACUGCGGGCAAGGUCUGUCAAAGUGCUGUCUUUGGAUGAACUCUUUCAGAAAACGAAAACGCUACCAGCUUUGUAUUUUCAACCUGUAUCGGAAGAAGUGGCAACGAAGCGGCUGGAAUCCAUGCACAGUAACGGUGCUACUACACACUAGCGAGAUGGAAAAAAUUAUUAGUAAUAUAGAGACACCAUCGUAUUAAACAAAGCAUUGUAAAUGAUUUUUAUUUUUCUUGAUUAUAUUUCUGGUGCCUAUGCCAAUGAUAAUGCUUUAUUCGCAUAAUGUAAGGUCUGUC